AAAGCAAAAAGCAAAAACAAAACAAUGAAUGCAUACGCGCAAGAUCUCUCGCUCUUCGAUUACGGGGAGUUCGGCGAUCUCAUGAUUCAUCAUCAUCAUGACCGUACGUCAUCAAGGUAUCAUGAUGAUGAUGAUGAUGAUGAUUGUUACAAUACUGAUGUUGAUAAAAGUAAUAGCAAUAAAAGUAAAGCCGUGAAGGCCAAUCGCCGGAGUCCGCCAAGGCAUCGUCACGACGGCACGUCGCCUUUGCCUCUUGGGAUGGACUGGAGUACUCCUCCUCGCAAAUGGGAUGGGCAGGACUCUGUUUGGCCGCAUGAUCCUCAUACAGGAUGGAGUUAUUGCGUCACAGUUCCUUCUUGGGUUCUCCUACCAAACUCAAGAGGUUCAGAUCCUGUGGCGUUUUAUAGAGUUCAAAUUGGUAUACAAUCACCUGAAGGGUUCACCAGCACCCGAGGGGUAUUGAGAAGAUACAGUGAUUUCUUAAAGUUACUCUCUGAACUUAAAAAGAUAUUUCCCAAGAAAGAACUUCCCCAAGCUCCGCCGAAGAGGAUAUUGAGAUUGAAAAGCAGGACACUGCUGGAGGAGCGAAGGUGUGCUUUGGAAGAUUGGAUGGAAAAACUUUUAUCUGAUAUUGACAUAUCUAGAAGUGCUCCUGUAGCAACAUUUCUUGAGCUAGAAGCUGCUGCAAGGUCUUCAUUUAAUGAACAGCAAAACUCAGAUGCACAUUCUUCUAUUAGUGGCGAGGUUUCAUCAUUUUUGUUACCUACCAACUCAGAUGCUUCUGUGCUUGCUGGUAAUUUGUCAGUUGCUUCAGAUCAUGGUAAUGAUUCUCCUGAUGAGAGAUCAGAGUUAGGAACACCUAGGAAUGGGAGAAACAGUUCUGGUGACCUUGGUCUUGAGUAUUCAACUUCUGAACAGAAUAUAAAUGCUCCAGUAGAGAAAACUGUUAAGUAUGGCAUGUUUAAUCGGAACUCUAUGAUGGAGAACUUAGGAAAAUUUUCUAGGCAAAAAGUGCUUGCUGCAAGAGAAAGCAGUAUUGCAGGUCAAGAUAAAUUAACUGAAAAUACAGCUAAACUCAAAUCUCUUCAUUGGGAUGGAGCAGAGCUUUUGCGGGAGCCAGAGUAUCUCAAACUGGAUGGCCAUGUUCGAAGACUGUCCUCUGAGAGUGUUGGGAGUGACCUUAGUUCUGUAAGAGCUAGUGAAAUAUCAAAUUUUGGGGUGUCUAAUUUGUUUGGUGAUGGCUUCCUUGACCAUGCUGAAGGUAGUGAAGCCUCUGGAGCCAUGGAUGCUUUUGUUGGCUCAGAUUCUUUAUUUGUGAGGAACUCGCUUGUUGCUUUACCGUCAGAUCAGCGUCUCAAAUUAAACAGGGUUCUUAAUACCAUGCAGCAAAGACUAGCUACUGCAAAAACAGACAUGGAAGAUCUAUUAGCUAGAUUAAAUCAGGAAGUCACUGUAAGACAAUUUUUGACGACAAAGGUAAAAGAUUUGGAAGUGGAACUUGAAACCACAAGGGACAAUUGCAAAGAAAACAUGCAGCAAGCAGCUUUAAUUGAAAAAGAAAAAUUUACUCAAAUGCAGUGGGAUUUGGAUGAACUUCAGAAAAAGUGCAUGGCGACAGAGCAGAAAUUGGAAUAUGAACUGGCUGAAAGAGCACGCAUCGAGUCAUCAAAGAUAUCAAUUAUUCAGGAGAAUGAAAUGUUGCUGCAGCAGUUGGAUGCAACUAGAGAACAGCUUGAGAACCUGCAUAAACAUCAGGAAGAGUUCGAGGUGAAAUCAAAAGCAGAUGUAAAGGUUCUUGUUAAAGAAGUCAAAUCACUUCGAAGCUCUCAGUCAGAAUUGAAGCAGGAGCUUAGCCGCAUGUUGAAAGAAAAGUUAGAAGUAGAGAGGGUUCUUCAAAAGGAAAAGCAAAGAAUGGAACUUGCAAAUCUUGCGAAUUCAAAAUUGCUGCAUGAAUGUGAGAUUCUUUGCAAUCGGCUUCAAGAAUGUAGUGUUAAUUUCCUGAGUGAAGAGGAAGAUAGAUUGACUGUGGACACUUCAUCGCCAUCUGAUGCUAUAGAUCUCUUGACAACAUCUGACAAUAGAAUCGGACUCCUCCUUGCAGAGGCACAGCUCCUUGCACAAGACAUAGAAAAGUCGAUGGCAAAACUGGAGGAAACUCGCACUACAAAUGGCAGCGAUCAGAGAAGUGAUGAUGUGUUGAGGAAGAUGGUAACAGAUAUUUUCAUUGACAAUGCCAGAUUGAGGAUGCAGGUGAACACAGUAAUUCGUUGUGCUCUAAAUAUGUAUGUAAAGUCGGAUGAAGAUGAAGAGGAAGAGGAAACGCCUCUGAGAAAAACUGUCCUAAGCAGAUUCUUACAAAGAUAACAGGUUGAUGAUUUUAACAGUUUAGCAGAACUUCAGUUCCCGGUAAAUUUAGCGGCAUUGUACAUAGUUUUGAAAGUUGUAUAUGUAAAGUACAUAUAAGGAGGAUGCUGUUGUAUCAUUUCAAUUUUAAAAUCCAUGUGUAUUAUAAAGGAAAUAAUCCAUGCGUAUUAUUUCGCCUGUUA